UCCAUGAUCAGUAUUUCAAAACACUAUUCUUUAGAAAAAUGUUUAAAUUCUUCAGUUUCCUGGCUAUUUGUGCCGUCACAGUUGUAAAUUCGAAGGGUCCUUUUCAACAACUGUCAGCCCCAAAGUCGCCUCAGGAUCCUACAUGUACAUGGUACACACUAUAUGAAGAUCUACCUGAAGGAACAGCCGAAGUUAUAACAUAUGGAGCUCCUGAGGCGAGUGUAUACUUGGUACUGUCUCUCAACGGCGAUGGAAAAACCUACCCCGCUCCAGGCAGUAGGGUAACUGCACAUUAUUCAUUGUAUCUUCCAGAUUGCACAUUUAUAGAAAGUAGCAGAGAUGAAGGGGAACCCUUAACCUUUACAAUUGGAGUUGGAGAAGUAAUCCAAGGAUGGGAUGUUGGACUCAUGACAAUGAGUUUAGGACAAAGAGCUUCCCUGGUUCUUAGCUCUGAUAUGGGAUAUGGCGAGAACGGAGCAGGAGGAGGAGUUAUACCACCAAACUCAGCUCUCAUCUUUGAUGUAGAAAUUAUUAAAAUUGAAUAAAUCGAUGUGUAUAUUAA